UCUCACUCCAAUGGGUCACAAACAACCAACUAUCGAUGUCGGAGGCAUCGGAAUUUUAGUUCGAUACGAAGCGAUCGACCCGGCACAGUGAGUGUUGUGUACACGGUUACAAUCCCCUGCCAGUUGCAAUUGCGGCGCACGAUAACAGUUCCGUUUUCCUCAUCGCUGUCUUCCGGCAACAAAAUACAACCGGAAGAAGAAAUUUCCCCCGUGGGAAAUCUGGGCCCGGUAACGCUUGGAAGGGAAUAAAUCGAAGUGGUUUUUGUGUGACGCGGAGAGAAGCCGGUACAAGCUACCCAGCCGACAGAACCGACCCGGGGGGAGGAAGCAACCGUUAAAUCACUUGAACAAUUUAUGAAAAUUUGCCCAAGUGGAAAACUCAGCAAUUUUCGAUGCGAAAGUAAAUUCGAUUGGAGCGAAACAGGAAGAAGAAGAGAAAAAAUCCUAUUGAAGGUGUGCAUUGUUGGCCGGUGUGACGCUCCUUCCCGGAAUAGAACCAAUAGAAAAAUCGGUCGGAUACCCAAGAAAUUUUUGUGUGUUCGGUACAAAAAAAAGUGCGUUUGAGUGAAGCAAAAUAGGCAUAAAUUUAAAUAAAGGAACUGAAGAGUCCCAACCUCUCUUGAGAGGGGCAGAGUGGUGAUGUUUAUGAUCCCGCUUCUUUUGCUGGCGGUCUUGAUGGCACCGGAUUUGCUCCAUGUUCACGGUCUGCGGUGCUUCACGUGCAGCGUGACGGCCAAUUCAGGUGAUAAAAAUUGCAUCAACGAUCCAGCCAAUCUCGAGGGACAAAGCGUUGUUAACUGUAACCGGAAAUAUUGCACCAUUCAGCGACAGGAGCUGUUGGAUCCACCCGAGAAACUGAACACAUUCCUCCGGGGAUGCGAGGAAGCUCCACUGUACUUGAAUGACGUAAUCGAAGAUUCCACAUUUCGAACCUAUUAUCGUUCUUGCUCUUCUGAUUUGUGCAAUUCCGGUGAUGGGAUUGAAAGUUCGUAUGGAUUAACCGGGCAUAAUGCUGGUGCUUCGGAAAAUCUUCUCGUUCCCGGGCUUCUGAAUAAAUCAGUACGAGUGGAAGGAUGUAUAAUUACAUUAUCAUUGUUGUUGGCGGUGGCGAUUCUUGUUACUGGUGAAAUAGAUUUGUUACAUUAG